UUUGAAGCGGGAAGACAGCAAGGGUGUGGUCCUGCCCUAUUUCUCUGGUUUAGAAAAAUUUCCAAACUCAAAAAAGAACUACUCGAUUUCCGGAUCUCUGUAUUCCGGCGAGCUCCCUCCGUGUUAUUCUCUGCAGCUUUGCAAGAAUCUGCGCUACAGGAGAGAUCCAGGAUCCGAAAUUUUUCCUGGGUCUUCUUCAUUUUCUCGUUAUGGCAUACCCAGAACCUAUGAAUACAGAGAAGGAGCUGGCAGUGGGACGAGUAAACCCUCCUUCUUCCAGGAAGCCAAGGAUUUUACUUGCUGCAAGUGGAAGUGUGGCUGCCAUAAAGUUUGCAAAUCUCUGCCACUGUUUUUCUGAAUGGGGAGAAGUAAAAGCAGUUGCCACAAAAGCGUCUUUGCAUUUCAUUGAUAGGGCAGCACUUCCUAAAGAUGUAAUUCUUUAUACUGAUGAGGAUGAAUGGUCCAGUUGGAGUAAAAUAGGUGACAGUGUGCUUCACAUUGAUCUUCGACGAUGGGCUGAUGUUAUGGUUAUCGCUCCAUUGUCUGCAAACACUCUUGGCAAGAUUGCUGGGGGAUUGUGUGACAAUCUACUAACGUGCAUUGUCCGAGCAUGGGACUACAGCAAGCCACUCUUUGUUGCACCCGCUAUGAACACUUUUAUGUGGAAGAAUCCUUUCACAGAACGACAUAUCAUGACCCUUGAUGAACUAGGUGUUUCUCUUAUUCCACCCGUCACAAAGAGGCUAGCUUGUGGGGAUUAUGGCAAUGGAGCAAUGGCCGAACCUUCUUUAAUCUACUCAACUGUGAGACUCUUCUUCGAAUCUCGUCCUCUACCAAGUGAAUGAAGAGUUAAGCUAAUUAGGUAUGCAAUAUAGAAAAUGCUCCUAAGAUGUUUCUUAUCCCAUUAAUUCCAUGUGUAUUAGAUGCAUUGCUGCUCUUCGCCAUUCGUUGAGCUUACCUAGUUACCUUCCUGUACAAGUGUACAUCUACAUACAUUCUCUUCUCAUUUGAGUUUCUUUGAUAGUUUGAACUACACCUCAACAGCAAUGAUCUUGAACAUUUUGGAACAUACAUACUAGAUCUUGUAGGAUAUAUAUAGGGGGAGGGUUUGGAUGGUUGGAAAGAGAAGAAUUAAUGGCUUUUUGAGCUUUCCACCUUUCUUUGUCCUUGUAUCCUAUUCAAUCGAAACCCUCCAACUAUUUCUAUUGGAAAGAGAAAGAGAGAUUUAAUGGGGUUUCCAGAAUCUUGAUGUUUGUCAAAGAUAUUGGUCUAGUUGGUUUAGGAUCUUGAGAAAGGUUGAGUCUUUGUGUGAAAUAAUAUACCGUGGAUUUUGGGGUUUAAUAGAUAGGGAAAAGUGUGUUUGAAGACAUCCUAAUAAAAUUUCAUUCAAGGUUUAAUUUUGAUGGUGUGAUUUGGGAAGACGUUUGGAGCGGGAAGACUCGGGUGAGUCGUCAAUUUUCAGUGUAGGAACAGAAAGUCGUACGUACAUAAAAAAAAGGAAAAGAAAGAGAAGGUACCCUGAGUGUUUCCACACUCUCAGACGUCUACCCGAGGAAUCUACGCGCUCUUAGUUGAUCUCCUAUCCAAUUUAUUUGCCUUGUGCCUUGGACGGUUUUAAGAAGUUUGCUAGAGCCAAAUAACGUGGAAUUAAACAAAUGAAUGUUUAUUAAUUUA